AAUAAUAAAAAUUAUAAAAACAAAAUAAUAAUAAAAUGUAAGCUUCUACAAAUAAUAAUAAUUACAAUUUAAUAAAUGACGAAAUAUUAAUAGCCUACAAAUAAUUCGAAAAUAAUUUAAAUUGCUCUUCUUCUAAUUAAUCUAAAAAGAAUUCUUGUAAAAAUUCUUACUAAAUCGAGGACAAUAAUAAUGAUAGUAAUUAAAAUUUUGAAAAUAAUUUGAAAUAAACUGGAAGAUGGACUCAAGAUGAACAUAAAAAAUUCAUUGAAGGUAUAAAUAUGUAUGGAAAAAACUGGAAAGUAAUUGAAUAACAUAUUGGUACUAGAACAGGAUCAUAAAUAAGAUCCCAUGCAUAAAAAUUUUUUAUUAAAAUUGAAAAAGAAUUCUAUAAUAAUGACUAAAAAAUUUAAUCAUAAGACAAUAUAAUCUAAAUAUUGAAUAAUAAAUAAAAAGCUGAAAAUAAAAAUAAAUAAAUAAAUAUCAUUUAGAAUAAAAUCUAAAAUAAAAAUAAAUACAAACAAAAAAUUAAAUAAUGCUAAAAAAUAGAUAUAUUAACCUAAAAUUAAUUUUAAUAGAACAAUAUCGAAUCGAAAUUAGAAAACAAAGAUAAUCAAAAUUAUUCUAGUCAUAAUAUAGAAAAAAAAAAAAUUGAAGAUGAAUAGAAAAUUCAUGUAGAUUAAAUCAUAGAUAAAUACGUAAACUAAAUUUAUAAUAAUACUACUCUGGAAAACUCUUUCUUUAUAUCUCGUUAUUUACCUAUUAUAUAAGAAGCAACUCUAUAUAAUUUCGCAUUAUAAUAAGCUAAUAAUUAACUUGAAAUAUAAAACAGUACAAAUUAUAUACCUGAAAUAUAUGUACCGAAAUAAUGUAAUUCAAGAAAAAGACUUGGAAGUUUUUAAUUACAUGAUAAAAAUAAUGAAGAAUAAAACCUUAAGUAUCAAAAUUUUAGAAAAGUAUCUGCCGAUGAAACAGAUUUAAAAAAAAAGUAAAAGUGAAUUGUGAUUUGG